UUUUCUCUCACAACAACUAUAUAAACAACACAAGCACCCCCAACAAAUUCUUGCAACACACAUUGUGCUUGUUUGUUCUCCUUUGCUAACACAAGAUUUUCCAGGGAAAUUUUUGUUUCCAGAUCAAGAGAAAUUUCAACGAUGGAGGCAUUGAAGAUGAGAGUAUUCAUGGCCAUUGUGGUUGUGCUUAUGGUCGUAUCGGCUAUCCCAAAUGUGGCGGCAGCGGACUCCCCUGCGCCUAGUCCUACCUCCGAUGCCGCUGCCAUUGUUCCCGCUGCAUUUGCGUCGCUGGCUGCUCUUGCGUUCGGGCUUCUUUACUAAUUUGGAUUAAUGUUAAUUGAUUCUACCAACUUUUGCAAGUCUUAUUUGAGGUGAUGGGUGGUUGAUUGGCGAUGGUGGAGGGAGAAAAUUGGGGGUUUGGCAUCUUUAUAAUUAUUAUUUUUGAACAAUUUGAUCUGAGAGAUUUAUGUUGUUAUUAAAUUAUCAUUAUCAUCAAUGUUUGUAAUUUUUUUUUUUGGGUUGUGACUUCAUGACAUUGAUUAAUGGAAACAUAUAUGUUUGGUUCUUAUUUCUUAAAUUU